AUGUCAUCAAGAAGUAUUGUUAACUAACAUUCGUGAGAAAAUCAAUUACAUAGAUUAGAGUUCGACCGCAUUUUCUAAAACUCAGAUUUUUAGAUUUAUAGAAUGAGUGAGAAUGUGCUCAUCGACAAUGUAUAUUUUAGGCAAAUGGAGGAGCAAGAACAUGGAGCAUUGCCAAGCCAUCCGCAGACAAUGAGCUGCUUAACAGCAACAUUAACUGCAACUGGGAGCAAAAUGGAGUUGUUGCAGCUAAAUCCAACCUGGAGGUCGUUACUCCCAUUCGGUCACUGCCAUCUCGUAUGCCCAUUCACGCCAUGAACCUCGUCUACAAGGCUGCAGGGUCUGGAACUACCACUUCCAUGGCACUGGGAUCAUUGUCUCAGAAAACUAAUGUAACUAUAAAAUUGACCAUUAAUU